AGGUUUUGUGUUUUUUAUCGAACCCACUACCAGUCGCUCCAUCCCCCUUCCCUUCACGCUCUCAUUUCGCAUCUCCUCUUCCUCUUUGUCUUUCGUCUCCGCUUCUUCCAUCGCGCCGGCCGGCCCUCUCCAUCUAUUUCUAUUCGAUCUCCUUUGCCUCGCCAGUCGCCACCUACCGUCGGUCACCAUUUACAGUGAAGCCACAGACAAAACAUAACUGGAAACACUCAAGACUCUACCCAACAUCGAUCCAAAAUCAAACUGGCACAAGGCAUGAACCUGAAGAAAUGAAAAAUUGAAAGAUCAUAGAAAACUUCAAUUUUAUGAAUUUGAAGAGGAGAGGGGAAAUACUCCAGCAGGCGUACGAGAGCUGACUACGAGGGCAGGCGGGAGAUUGCCUUUUGAAUUGGGAGACAUGGAAGGAGUAGAGAGUAUAACACCUGAGAAACAGAAUAACACCUUGGGAUCGAGGAAGCGGUUGUCCUGCACCACCUGCUUUGAUGCUCUGUGGUUCUGCUAUUCUCCGGUUCAUCAGAUGCAGCAAUACUACAGGGUUGGAGUUUUUGAUAACUGUUCUAACAAAUGGACAGCUCUUGUUGACUGUUUAACUCUAAAGACGAAAAGAGCUUCUGAGGUUCAGGAAAUUCUUGAAAGCAGAGAAAAAGCAAAAUCUCACAUCUGGACUUUUCGAACCCCAGAAGAAGCAUCAUCACAUUGGAAAGAACUCUUCGGACAUUUAGAAGAAAUAGAAUGAAAAUGAUUCCGUCUUCUGUUUCGAUCCUCAUUUUGUAAGACUAUUUUUUAUAUAAAUUUUGAUCUUGUUAUUAUUAUCAUUAUUACCUUUUAAAGUACAUUUUGGUGGAGAAAUGAGCCAUCACGAUGUGUUAAUAGAAUAAAUAAGUUAUGUUGUUUAUCCAGAAGUUCAGAGAACUGUUUUGGUCAGAAAAUCAUUUCUUGCACAUCUUCUAUAUGUCCGAAUAGAAUGAAAAUGAUUCUCCAUCCUGUGUUCAAAUA